AUAAUUAUGACGUAUGAAUUAAACCUGUGCGUUUUUAUCUACAGGAUACAGGCUGGAACUCGUUAGUUGUUGAUUGAACGGCAAACAAGUGACAUACCAUUUAGUUUGAUUCUACUUUACAAUUUUUAAAUUGUUAUUUGGAUCUUAUAAAUAAAAAUUAGUGCCAGAACUGUGUCACCAUGCGCCAGUUAUCACCAUCCACCAGUCCUGUGCUAGGACACGGUGAAUUUUCCGGCGGAAAAGACCUCAACGAAUGUGUCUACAAGAACGAUAUAGAUGGCGCUAAAGCGUGUCUACAUGACAACAAAAUGGCGUGGAACACUAGAAAUGAGAGCGGGUUGACUCCAUUAAUGGAGGCAUCAACUUUAAGCCGACUGGAAAUUUUGACUUUAUUGUUGUCAUCUAAAUGUGACGUCAACGUUACGGAUGAAAAUGGAAAUACGUCACUACACCUCGCUGUUGAUGAAGGAAACACUGAAGUUGUUCGAAAGCUCAUCCAUAGUGGACGAUGUAUUGUGGAUGCAAAGAAUGCAAAUGGUGAAACAGCUUUGAUGAAAGCCGCCUUUUAUGACUACAGUGAAAUGGUUAGAAUAAUGUUAACGGACGGAGACGCUGAUCCAAAUGCUCGGGACAAAACGGGUCAAACAGCCCUGCAUAUUGCACUGCGAGAGGGAAGUCACAUGACCGUUGACCUGUUGUUAAAACAUGGAUGUGACGUCUCUGUAUUGGAUAACCUCGGACAAAGUGCAUUAUAUGUCGCUAUUCAUAGCCCAUGCAACAAGACCCUCGACCUAGCCAAGAAACUCAUUUCAGCAGGUUAUGAAAUAUCUGCAGAUAAACUUUGGCUCCUGAAUGACGAAAAGCAUAACCUGUUUUACCAGGAUGACGAGUUUUAUGUAACACUUAGAAAAACAUUACGGAAGAAUUCGAAUGAAGUACUACAGGACUUUAAUACUUACAGGAAAAUAUCAACAGGAUCAAAUAAAAUUGACACAAAUUACUCUGUAUCGCCGAUACAUUCGCCAGUUCUAUCACCGAAGCAGUUGUCUCCGACGACACCUCCUUUCCCUAUGUCACCUUCUUUGAAGCAGAAAAUUAUGUCUUCGCAAACACCAAAAUACCCGUCCGUUCCUUUCAGUCAGAUGUCAUUGAACGAAUCCAAUUCAGUUUGGUUAUCGCCAUCGUGUGCAAGAAGGAACGAGUUUAUAAAGUCCAAUAGUUUCGAACAAGUGAAACCGAAGACGCCAUUACGACCACCGCUGACGUCAUCGUUUUCGUCAGACUCGGAUGAUUCCCCUAUGGGUUCACCUGCACUUAGACGUCGUACCCUGUUGCUAAACACAAAAGUUACCGGUAAAAGUAAUGAUACCCACAUCACAUCGCUUUUAGUGUCAUCUACCAAAGAGGAACCGGCGGUGGUUGAAAAAGAUGGACGUUCUGUCACAGUCUCGUUUGCAAAUAAGAAACCAGUCUACUUAAGAAGUGAGGACGAAAUACCUAGAAGCGCUCCAAACAGCCCAAUGAUACGCUGUAGAAGGCAUAUGAGUGCGCGACAGCCAAGGUCGGGGUCACACGAGAAUGUAAAUCAGAGAAAAAUAUCAUUGCCGGCAAAGACAGCAGUAAAAUUUAGUACUGAAAUACAAGUAAUUGAAUACAACAGAAGACAAUGAAAACAAUACAAAAAGUUUGAGUAUAUGAAGGCAUAAGAACUGGUACACAAGUAUCAUAGAUUGGCGACAUUUAUAUUGCAGGGGGAAAUACUCUAUCGACAUUGCUUGAAAUGUGUUGAACAUAACUGGUAUACAGUACCUGUGUAAUAAGACCUGUGUUUACAUAUAUAUGGACAACUUGUUUCUUGUGUUUGUUUCUUGGGACUUUUUACGAGCACAUGAUUCUGUUCUUUGACAUUUGUGUAUGUUUACACAACAGUUUGAGUACGUCCAUUCAAAGAAAAACAUUGUAAAUCACUUCCUUUCGUUUCAUGUCCUGAACAGUGUAUAUAAUCAAUAUAAUAAAUGUACAUACAAAUAUAA